AUGCAGGAAGGGGAGAAGCCGUAUAAAUGCUUGGAGUGUGGAAAGAGCUUCAGCAAGAGUGGAAACUUUAUUUUACAUCAUAGAACUCAUACUAGGGAGAAACCAUAUGAAUGUGUGGAGUGUGGAAAGAGCUUCAUCAAAAGGGGAGUUCUGAAUAUACACCAUAGAAGCCACACUGGGGAGAAGCCACAUAAAUGCUUGGAGUGUGGAAAGAGCUUCAGUCAGACAGGAAGUCUUAUUACACACCACAGAACCCAUACUGGGGAGAAACCACAUACAUGCUUGGAGUGUGGAAAGAGCUUCAGCACAACUACAGCUCUUACUGUGCAUCAAAGAACUCACACUGGGGAGAAACUAUAUGAAUGCUUGCAAUGUGGAAAGAGCUUCAGUCAGAUUGGACAUCUUAAUGAACACCAUGGAACGCACACUGGGGAGAAACCGUAUGAAUGUUUGCAGUGUGGAAAGAGCUUCGGUCAGAGGGGAGCUCUUACUAUACACCAUAGAACCCACACAGGGGUAAAACCACAUAAAUGCUUGGAGUGUGGAAAAAGCUUCACCACAAGGGGAGAGCUUACUGUACAUCAUAGAGCCCACACUGGGGAGAAACCACAUACAUGCUUGGAGUGUGGAAAGAGCUUCAGUCAGAGAGGAAGUCUUAUUACAUACCACAGAACCCAUACUGGGGAGAAACCACAUACAUGCUUGGAGUGUGGAAAGAGCUUCAGUAAGAGAAUAAAUCUUAUUACACACCAUAGAACCCACACUGGGGACAAACCAUAUGAAUGUUUGCAGUGUGGAAACUGCUUCAACCAAAGUGGACAUCUUACUGAAUCUGUUGGAGAUACAGCUUCUGUAGCAUUGAAUCUUUGA